CUCUCUCCCUCUGUCUCCCUCCGUCUCCCUCUCUCUCUCGCUCUCUCUCUCUCUCCCCCUCUCUCUCUGCGUGCGCACAGCGCUUUGAAGUGUAACCAACAACUGCUGUCCUGGAGUCAGUGGUGUUGUCUAAUCUCUGAUAGGAAAUGCGCCCCGGGAGCUCCACGCCGCGCAUUGUUCUCCACAGAGCUUGAUCCACACUGAAACGGCAUGUCCCGGCGCUCUGGAUGGGAGGUCGCUUCGAACUUGCGCUGAGGCCAAUUUAUCGUUGCACCGGAAAGCGAAGCGCUGUCGGAAAGAACAAGGAAAGAUAGGGACAAAACUACUCGGGCAGGUCAUUUCGGUGCCGAAAGGGAAGCCGCCGGUUUAAGUGAGGGGAGGCGCACAGCUGGGCAUAACACAGCACCGACAGCCGGGAGAAGCGGAUCCGUUCCUCAGCUGGAGAUCAAUGGAAGCGAGCACAACAUAUGGACACAGCCGCUGUCUGCAGGAAUGGGCUGUUGAUGUAUGAUAGCGGGUCCGGGCAUGCACGUUGUGUGGAAACAGUGUGAGACCACAGAUGGAUCCCCUGUGUAAUGGAAUCAACAAAGCUGAGGGCAGUGAUCUCGUGUUAGACCCUCGGCCCCUUCCAGCUAAGCUGCCCCGGCUGGAAUCACACGAGGUCGGACUCUCAUCCCACGAGAGGAGCAGGCAGGGGAGUCCCGUGGCCAAAAACCACUGCUUGGCCCAGAAACUCCCCACAGUGAGGCCACAGAGCAAGAGCUGGCACACCAGAGGGAGCCUGCUGCCGGUGUUCUGUGUGGUGGAGCACAAGGAAAACCCUUUGGAGGGAGAGAGGAGAGAGGAGCAUGCCGAGUUUGUGCUCGUCAAGAGAGAUCUGCUCUUUAACCAGCUGAUAGAGAUGGCCCUGCUGACGCUGGGAUACUCCCACAGCUCUGCUGCUCAGGCGAAAGGUCUGAUCCAGGUGGGCAGGUGGAACCCGGUGCCUCUGUCCUGUGUAACGGAUGCUCCAGACGCCACGGUGGCUGACAUGCUGCAGGACGUUCACCAUGUUAUAACCCUUAAAAUACAGCUGCAGAGCUGUCCGAAACUGGAGGACUUGCCAGCCGAGCAGUGGAGUCACUCCACGGUGAGGAACGCUCUCAAGGAGCUCCUCAAGGACAUGAACCAGAGCUCCCUGGCCAAGGAGUGCCCGCUGUCCCAGAGCAUGAUAUCAUCGAUAGUAAACAGCACUUACUAUGCAAAUGUCUCAGCUGCCAAAUGUCAUGAGUUCGGUCGGUGGUACAAGCACUUCAAGAAGUCCAAAUGCUUCAAAGAGACUGAAAGCUUCUCCGACCAGCCCGCACACAUCACCCUAACCCAGCAGCCACUCGCAGGUAGCCCUGCAGAUCAGAACACACCCCUCCUUUUCCCCCGCGGCGCGGUAGCCAACAUAUGCGGCCGCUCACCUCUGGGGCUGCACCCUCCCGGGAUGGUGACCCAACCCCUCAGCUCCCAGAUGGUCAACCAGCAGCUGGUGAUGGCCCAGUUCCUCAACCAGCAGUACGCUGUUAGCCGCAUGCUAGCCGGCCAGGGCCUCUCAUCACAACCACAGCAGUAUCUCAACCACCCUCCCGUGGGCAGAGCUCCCGCUAAGGUCUUCUCCAAAGCCGGCGAUUCCCAACUUCCACAGCAGGCGCAGUGCGGCCUAGCAGGAGGCCCCGUGGCUGGGCUGCAGAACCAGACACCGGCUGGGCCUUCUGCGGGAGCAACAGACGUGCCGGGCGACAUCUACCACUGCGUGAGGGAGGAACUGAAGCGGGCGGGCAUCUCUCAAGCCAUCUUUGCUCGGGUGGCCUUUAACAGGACCCAGGGUCUGCUCUCAGAGAUCCUGCGAAAGGAGGAGGACCCAAAACACGCCUCGCAGUCUCUGUUGGUCAACCUGCGGGCCAUGCACAGCUUCCUGCAGCUCCCCGAGGCCGAGAGGGAGCGCAUCUACCAAGAGGAGAAGGAGAGGAGCCUGACAGGAUUCACACCCAGCUGCAAUAACACACCACCGAGAUCCACACAGGCGAGAUUAUCCCCAGUCACGGUCGACAGAGGGUUGAGGACGGACAGUUGUGUCCUCAAUGUCAGCGCUUCGAUCUACGAGGAGAUUCAGCACGAGAUGAAAAGAGCCAAAGUGUCUCAGGCUCUGUUCGCGAAGGUCGCCGCCUCCAAGAGUCAGGGCUGGCUGUGUGAGCUGCUGCGCUGGAAGGAGGAUCCCAGUCCGGAGAACAGGACCCUGUGGGAGAACCUGUGCAUGAUCCGCCGGUUCCUCAGCCUUUCCCAGACCGAACGAGACGCGAUCUACGAACAGGAGAGCAGCAACAUGACCGCUCAGCAGCACUGCGCCGACAGGCUCACGCUGCUCAGCAAUGACAACACACUGUACCAACGCAACUCCCCGAUGCCACAGCAACACCAUCUCCAACCCCAUCAACCUCUGCAGCCCGAGGCAGGACCUCACCUGUCUCCACGGCAACCCUGCGCUGCAUCGCCAGCCGAGUCUGAUGCUGGGGGCACCUGGGGGCACUUGAGAAUGCGACUGCAGAGCAGAGGCAGCAAUGGCGACAGUAAGGUCUGGGUUGAAGGGGGAAGAGUAGAGAAGGGCAGUCAGGGCGGGGACUGGGGUUGCGCUGGAAGACUGAGGGAUAAAAAUAGUGACAGCAGUGAGCAGGUGAGGGACGGAAACGUGGUCAGGGUGAGCGCAGAUGAGAUCGCUGAAGACAGCAAAAAGGGCAAGAUUAAAGAGAAGCUGCUGGUGAAGUGGCCAGGGAUGGGGAACGAGGAUCACGGUGGGCCUCUGGUUUGUUCUGAGACAGACAGUAAUGAGGUGGGAGGUCCAGAUGAAGUCCAAAGCGAGGGGCUGAAUGUGUCUAGUGACGCCCUGGGAAUCCUGCAGAGCUUCAUCCAGGACGUGGGCCUAAACCCAGACGAGGAAGCGAUCCACACCCUGUCGGCCCAGCUGGGGCUGCCCAAACACACCAUCCGCAGCUUCUUCAACAGCCAGGACCAAGGACAAAAACAAGACCACAGCCAGAGCCCAAAACAAUGCCGAGACAACGUUAAUGGCUGUACAGACCCAGUCCUCUCACAGGCAGACAUAACUAUAUGUGGAGGAGGAGAAGAAGGGGGUGGAAAAACUGAAACAGAACAAAACAAGGAGAAGAAGCAAACAGGAAGAAAUGAAGCAAGAGAGACAACAGAUUUACAAGAGUCUGAUGUCGGCACUCAGACAAUGCUCCUUAUGAAGGAGGAGCAGGAGAGCUACAUCUGACCCAUAUACCUCCAGUGACAUACAGUAUCUUGAAGCAGCAUGUGAGCCACCGCCAGGAGCAGAAACCACAAUGUAACUCAACCACAGUAACAUAUUGUUCCAGUGCAGAUCCAAAGUAUUUCGGUCUCGGAUCUGUUCCCUAAUCUCACUGUGGAAAAAGACUAAUUGUUACUGUUAUAUACUUCAGCUUUCAGAGACUUGAAUUCAUUACGAAAGCUGUUGAGUCACUGGAAGAUCCUUAAUGCACUUGAGACAGAGUUUACUGUGACUAUGUGUACAGAUAUUAAUAGAACAUUGUUUCUGUCUGUAGAUACAUGUCUGGAAUAAGGGGAACCAGUACAGUGAGCCUCAGAUUACAUAUCACAGUUUUUGGUUGACUGAUGUACAUUUUUAGCAAAUGUUCAUACCAGAAAUGCCUUGUGGAAAGUGGCACUGCCAAUCCCUUUCUUUUUUUAUUUUAAAUGACCAAUAUCUCCAUUAUAUUCCUAUUUUUUAAAAUUGCAUUUAAAAUUGUUCAUGUUUGUCUGUCACAUCAUACUGAAUCACAUAUAUUUCUGUUUUAAAUGAAACGUUUAGUAGGAAAAAAGUGGAUUUAUGUAACAAACCUAUUAUGUUCUUGUUUACACAGUGUGCCAUCUUAUGAAUUUAAAGUACAACGAUGGUUGGAUCUAGGGAUAAUACAAGGCAUUCUGUGCGAGUUCAACUGCAGCAUUUAAUCAAUUAUGGAGGACCAACUCCGCCACAAUCAAAAAUAAAUAAAUAAAUGAAUAACUAAAAAAAAAAAAACCUUAAUAUGUAUGCCAUAAAUAAAUAAAUGAAAGAAUCAAUCUCUCAUUACCUAAAUAUAUAUGCCAUACAUCAUUAAAUAAAUAAAUACCUAAGUAUAUACCAUAAAUGCUAUUUAUUUACUUUCCAACACAUCAGCUAAGCGCCUCAGCUCUGCAGCAGUCUCAUGGUUUGAAGUCGCCUGCGAUGGCUCCUACCUGCCGUUGCUGCACCAUUUCAAGUCAAACUACCUACUGUGAAAAGCAACGCAUGUGCAGUUGAUGCGUGCACUCACGGAUCACCAGUAGGCAAAAAAAUCAGUCAGUGUUGAGAGCCCCCUCUUUUGCAUUACAUUUCCUUGUGCAUGCUGAAGUGCGUGCAUCAAUAAUCAAAUAAAUAAAUACCAUUUGUGGCAUAUAUUUAGGUAUUUAGUUAGAUAUAUGUAUUUAUUUGUGGAAUAUAUAUUCAGGUAAUGUGUGAUUGAUUUAUUCAUUUAUUUAUUUAUUCAUGGCAUAUAUCUGUAGGUAUUCUCUUAUUUAUUCAUUUAUUUAUUUAUGGCAUAUAUCUGUAGGUAUUUUCUUAUUUAUUUAUUUAUUUUUAAUUAUGGCAGAGUUGGCCCUCCAUAAACAAGUCAGUAAAUGAAAAAAAAAAUAAAAAAUGUUAUCAGACCGAAAGACUAUUCCCAUUUCAGAAGUUCUUCCACAAUAUCUAAUCACCAGUGAACAGAUCUGCAUCUGAACACAUUGUAGUUUACAUACACUGUUUCUGUUGAUGCAUGUGAAUUUAUCAAAAAUGUAGUGUUUUUCCUUUACGCUCUGUUGUUCUCCUCAUUUUAUGGCCCACGCUGCUUGAUGGAGGGCAUAAUGUUUAACGUCUCUUCCUAAAGGAAAGCUGGUGGCAGCACUUUUAGCCUUUUAGAAAGAUUACAACUUUACCUGUCAUAAUUUUAAAGUUACUUUAAUGUGUUUCAACUGUCUGAUCUUCCAGUAGAAAAGCCUUUUUUGCCACAAACAAUGUGAGUGAGGAUAAUAAAGAUUUAUGUAUCUUUUAA